CUUCUUGGGUUCCUCUCCUUUCUUUCCAUCCCAAACCCAAACGCCUUGUUCUUCGCAAUUUCCUCUGUUAGAUCUCAGUAAACAGCCAGGAUUUUCAUAUUUUUUUCUUGCUUGCUUGUUGCUGCUGCUGGUACUGUUAAACGCAAUGACUAUGAGUACCAAUAUUGGGCAAUUCGGCGACACGACUUUAACCAAAGUUUUCGUCGGCGGUUUAGCUUGGGAAACUCCCAGAGAGGCCAUGAAAGAGCAUUUUGAGAAGUACGGUGAGAUCCUCGAAGCCGUCAUUAUUUCCGAUAAACUCACCGGCAGAUCCAAGGGUUAUGGAUUCGUUACCUUUAAGGAUGCUGAAGCUGCUAAAAAAGCUUGUGAGGAUCCCAAUCCUAUCAUCAACGGCCGCCGCGCCAACUGCAACCUCGCUUCCCUCGGUGCUCGCCGCCCGAGGUCCGUCUCCACUGCUCCUCCGCCACAACAAGGAUCAAACGUUGGACCGAGGGCCACAUCGGCUGCACCUGCUAAUCACGUGCAGUGGUAUUACCCUGCACUUGGGACACCAGCGUCACCCUUUCAUCAUCGGCAGCAUCCUCAGGCCGUUCCUUUUUAUGGUUACUCCCCCACCUACAUUACCACUGAUAUGAGCUACAAUCAUAAGCUAAGCUACAAUGGGGGAUCCUACAUGAAUGGACAUUUCUCUCAAGCGUAUCCAGCAGGGCAUUCUAUUGUAGGUGCAAACACAUUGAUGCCAAUGUACCCCUUCUAUCAUUACCAUCAAUCACAAACAAUGGGGUUGCCGGCAUCCGCCACCCACAUCUUCCCGUCAACAACGGCCGGGGCCAUCACCACCAUCCCAACUGCUGCCGCCACUAUCGCUCCUAAUUCAGUUUAUUUGGAUGUGGAAUAGGUACAGUUGGCAGAGGUGAAAGCUUGAAGAUGAUUGGCUAAAGAGGGAAGCUCAUUAGUUGGCAAAAAUAACGUGCGAGGUUGGAAAAGCUGCUCAGACCAACAUGAUAUAUUAUCUGAUCUGUAAUUUCCAAUUAUAUUUUUUAUGAAUACCCAAAAAAAAUAUUUAAUUAAUAUUUAUUCUUAAAUAGAUGUUUCAUAACAUUCUUUCA